UAGAGUUCAAAGAGUUAGUAGCAAAUAAUCGACAAUGUUUCGUUUAUUAUCAAGAAAGAGUGCCUAUGAUCCUCAAUUGCAGAUAGUUAGACAUUUGGUAACUGACCCAAAAUAUGGAUUUUUAAGACAAUUAGGUCUUACAAUAGAGAAUCCGGGUCUUUAUGACGGACGAUGGGGUGGAUCUGGCAAGGUGAUAGAAUCAAUUUCACCAGCAACUGGGAAAGUAAUAGCAAAAGUUAGGACAUCUACUCUUCAGGAGGCAAGCAACGCUAUUACCGAGGCUCGUAAGGCAUGGCCUCAGUGGGCAUUAUUGCCAGCACCUACAAGAGGUGAAAUAAUACGGCAAAUUGGAGAAGAACUGCGAAAUAAUUUGAAGCCACUAGGACGAUUAGUGUCUUUAGAAAUGGGGAAAAUAUUACCAGAAGGUAUUGGGGAGGUUCAGGAAUUUAUUGACAUAUGUGAUUAUGCUGUUGGGUUGUCUAGAAUGUUACCUGGUAGUAUGUUUCCAUCAGAAAGAAAAAAUCAUGCACUUUUAGAAAAGUGGAAUCCUCUGGGUGUUAUUGGAGUUAUUUCUGCAUUUAACUUUCCUAUUGCAGUAUAUGGCUGGAAUAGUGCAAUAGCAAUGGUAUGUGGUAAUGGUAUUAUUUGGAAAGGAGCACUUACUACUCCAUUAGUUUCUAUUGCAACUACGAAAAUUAUUACUGGAGUAUUAGAACGAAAUGGUGUACCAGGCUCUAUUGCAUGUUUAGUAACAGGUGGAGCAGAUGUUGGUGAGACUAUAGUUAAUGAUAGCCGUAUUCCCCUUGUUUCAUUUACUGGGAGUACUAAUGUUGGAAGAAAUGUUGCUAUAAAAGUUCAAGAAAGAUUCGGAAAAUGUUUGUUAGAAUUAGGAGGCAACAAUGCAUUAAUAGUUGCACAAGAUGCAGAUCUAGAAAUGGCAGUUAGAGCAGCAGUAUUCUCCUGUGUGGGAACAACUGGGCAGAGAUGUACUACUACUAGAAGAUUACUCCUUCAUAGCAAAAUAAAAGAUGAAUUUUUAGGAAAAUUAAAAAUAGCAUACAAAUGUAUUUUGGAACGGCUAGGAGAUCCUUUAGACGAUAAUGUUUUGUAUGGACCAUUACAUAAUCAACAUGCACUAGAUGAAUAUAAGCAAGCAAUAGACAGUGCUUUACAAAAUGGUGGUAAAAUUGAAUUCGGUGGAAAACAAAUAAACAGAGUUGGCUUUUACGUUGAGCCAACAAUCAUAUCUGGCUUAUCAUCCAAAGCUGAAAUUGUACAAAAAGAAACUUUUGCACCAAUUGUAUAUGUUUUUGAAGUAAAUUCUUUAGAAGAUGCUAUUGCUUUUAAUAAUAGUGUACAACAAGGAUUAAGCAGUUCUAUGUUCACUAAAAACUUAGGAAAUGUAUUUCAGUGGAUUGGUCCUCAUGGUUCCGAUUGUGGAAUAAUAAAUGUUAAUAUUGGAACUAGUGGAGCAGAAAUAGGAGGUGCAUUUGGUGGAGAGAAAAGUACAGGUGGUGGUCGCGAGAGUGGAAGCGAUGCAUGGAAGCAUUAUAUGCGACGUGCAACUAUAACUAUUAAUUAUGGAAAUGAAUUGCCAUUAGCUCAAGGCAUAAAAUUCGAAUAGUUAGAAUAUAAAAUUGG